AUGGCGAUGACUACUACCACACAAGUUCUUGUCAAUAGUGACAAGUUGUCAUUCAAGAAAUCACAUAUCACAUUUCACGAUCUUCCAACACCACAAGAAGUUGAUCUUCCGCUACCACCGCCAUCAUUCAGCCCGACCGAGAUCCUAGAAAUCGACAAAGGCACCCCGGAUCAUCAUGUGCCACGCGAUUCCAGACUCAUUCGACUAACGGGCGUGCAUCCUUUCAAUGUAGAGGCUCCCCUAACAACAUUAUACAACCAAGGAUUUCUCACACCUCCCGAAUUGUUCUAUGUCCGAAACCAUGGCGCGGUACCCCAGGUUCACGGCGAGGACAUCCCCGACUGGCAACUUAGCAUUGAAGGCCUCGUCGAAAACCCGAUCACUUUGAGUUUUCGCGAUAUUCUCGAGAAAUAUGAUUCAAUCACGGCACCAAUUACUCUCGUCUGUGCUGGCAACAGACGCAAAGAGCAGAACACAGUCCGAAAGUCAAAAGGUUUCUCAUGGGGCCCAGCUGGACUGUCAACUGCUCUAUUCACAGGACCUCUGAUGGCCGAUAUUCUUCGCAGCGCCAAGCCUCUCCGACGAGCCAAGUUUGUAUGCAUGGAGGGUGCCGAUAAAUUGCCAAACGGAUACUACGGGACUUCUGUCAAGUUGAACUGGGCUAUGGACCGCAAUAAAUUAAUCAUGCUGGCCUACAAGAUGAAUGGCGAGGCACUGACCCCGGAUCAUGGCCGUCCUCUGCGGGCAGUUGUGCCUGGCCAGAUCGGAGGUCGAAGUGUCAAGUGGUUGACCAAGUUGAUUGUGACCGAUACCCCCAGUGAUAACUGGUAUCAUAUUAACGACAACCGGGUACUGCCAACCAUGGUUUCCCCCGAAAUGUCCGCUCAGGAUAAGAAAUGGUGGACUGAUGAGCGAUAUGCCAUUUACGACCUUAAUGUCAACUCGGUCGCAGUAUAUCCAGAACACGAAGAGACACUAGACCUGACCACGUGCGGGAAAACAUAUUACGCGAAGGGCUAUGCAUAUGCAGGUGGUGGUCGACGGAUCACAAGAGUUGAAAUAUCUUUGGACAAGGGCAAAUCAUGGCGCCUCGCCGAUAUCGAAUACGCCGAAGACAAAUAUCGAGAAUACGAGGGCGAGUUGUUUGGCGGAAAGGUCGACAUGUGGCAACGCGAGACUUGUUUUUGCUGGUCAUUCUGGUCUCUUCCCAUCCCCGUCGCCGAUAUGGCGGAUAGUGAUGCAUUACUUGUACGAUCUAUGGACGAUGCAAUGACCGCUCAGCCGCGCGACAUGUACUGGUCUGUUCUCGGCAUGAUGAAUAACCCAUGGUUCCGUGUUGCCAUCACGAAGGAGGGGAGCCUUCUCAAGUUCGAGCACCCAACACACCCUGUCAAGGCUGGAGGCUGGAUGGAGAGGGUCAAGAAGGCGGGUGGUGAUUUAACGAAUGGCAAUUGGGGCGAGAGGCACCAGGGUGAAGAGCCCGUGGAGCAAGAGCCUGUGAAGGAGAUCAACAUGAAGAAAGAAGGAGUGAACCGCCAGAUCAGUCUGGAAGAGCUCAAGGCAAACAGCAGCAGUGAGAAGCCUUGGUUUGUUGUGAAUGGUGAAGUGUAUGAUGGAACUGGGUUCCUGGAGGGUCAUCCAGGAGGAGCAAUCAGUAUUACAUCCUCUGCAGGACUCGAUGUGUCCGAGGACUUCCUAGCAAUUCACAGUGAGACCGCGAAGUUGAUGAUGCCCGAUUACCACAUCGGCACAUUGGACCCGGCAUCUUUGAAAGCACUCAAUAGCAACACUGCAUCCACAUCUGAUGAGCCCCGUCCAAAAUUCCUCCAGUCACGUGUUUGGUCCAAACUCAAGCUCACGGAGAAGAAGAAUGUCUCCUGGGACACCAGGAUAUUCGUCUUCGAUCUGGAACACGAAAAGCAGACUUUGGGUUUGCCCAUUGGCCAGCACUUGAUGAUCAAAGUCAACGACCCCGACAGCAAGGAAGCUAUCAUCAGGUCAUACACUCCAAUCUCAGACACGAACAUGCAAGGCAAGAUGGAGUUGCUGGUCAAGAUCUACUUCCCAACCGAUACUGUUCCCGGUGGUAAGAUGACAAUGGCUCUUGAUAAGCUUCCACUGGGAGCAGAAAUUGACUGCAAGGGUCCUACUGGUCGCUUUGAGUAUCUUGGCAACGGUCGUGUGCUCAUCAGUGGCAAGGAGCGUCAUGUCCGCUCUUUCAAGAUGAUCUGCGGUGGAACUGGUAUCACGCCAAUCUUCCAGGUCCUGCGUGCUGUGAUGGAAGAUUCACAAGAUCCCACGAAGUGUGUUGUGCUUGAUGGAAACAGACUCGAGGAGGAUAUUCUGUGUCGAUCGGAGCUUGAUGAAUAUGUGAAAACAGACAGUGAAAAGUGUACUGUCGUGCAUACCCUCACAAAGGGACCAGAGAACUGGACAGGCCGCAGGGGCCGUAUUUCAGAGGAGUUGAUCAAGGAAUUUGCGCCUCCAGAAGAGGAGAGCAUGGUCAUUCUGUGUGGACCAGGGGCCAUGGAACAGUCGGCAAAGAAAGUGCUUCUUGCCCAGGGCUGGGCCGAGUCUGAUCUCCACUUCUUCUGA